AACGACGACGAAACGCGCCCGGCUCGGUGUUCCCAUCCCGUAUGCCCUACCGACUGAGCGAACUGCCCGAGGCUCUGCGGCGAUGUCGCACCGUAAAGAAUACAAGAGGCCCCAAAAGAGCCGUUUCCGAGAAAACCUCGCGAGAGACAAGGAACGCAGCCGGCAAGAGGCACAGGAAUUAAACAAGCAGCACGAAGGCCGAGUCGAGGAGAAACGUGCUAUCGCUCCGAAAACAGAGUACGAGCAAUGGCGCAUCUGGGAUGCUUGGUUGAUGUAUGUCGAAGAGAUCCAGAAGCGUGACCCGCGUCAGCUAUGGAUCGACCUUCUUGACAGACGACCGGUGAUCCAGAUUUUCAAAUCCUUCUGGGAGCAGUAUGUGAGGAGCUCUACUACGCUACGGCCUGUUCUGGGCCCAGAAGAGUACGAGGAAGUUCGCGGGGUGAACUCUGCUGUCUCUGUUCUUGGUUUCUGGAAGCUUUUGCUCGCAGCUGCCGACAAGACCGUCAUGGAAGAGAAGAGGCGGUUGGAGCCCGAAAAGCUGCACCAUUACACCACUCUGAUAUCCACAAACGGGUUGCAUGGGAAGGGACCCCUGUAUGCCAUCGCCCAGUGGAUCGAAGGAGAUCUCGCUGAUAAACUCAGCUUGACCCGUCGACAGACUUUUGACAAGGUCGAGAUGGCUUCGGACGACAUCAUAGUUGUCUUGAUAACGCUUUGGUUACGUGGAACGGACAUACAAUGUACACCUGCCAACCGUCUUGCAUUCCACACUGUCAUCGUUAUGUCUGGCAUUGGGGGCUUUCGCUCUGGUACUCUGCUGGGUUUGCGUUAUCGCAAUGUACGUCUAGCUCUAGUCCGAGAUCCUUGUGACUCGACGAAGAGAAGGUUAGUGGCGCAUGUCAAGAUCGAGCACAACAAGCAACACACCAAGAAGGUCAAACACGACCAGGCAGACACGCUCACCUUCUCGGUAACGCUAGUUCCUUGCCAACUCCUCUGUUUAGUGAGCCUCCUUGCGACCCGUGCUCUCGCGGAUAAUGCAUUUGAGGUAGACUAUAAGUCUUUGCAAGAUAUACUUGAGAAGCCUAGAAUGGGCGACGUCGACUACGUUCCUUUGAACUGGAAGGAAGGCUUUGACGAGAAGGAGAUCAUACCGCUCCAGUAUUUCAAGUACAAGGAGCUAUGGGACCAGACCCUCCUCGUUGCUGGUUCUCGGGAGUCACAACGGCCUCAUUCCAUGAGGGUUGGCGCAGGUGGUCGCCUUGACGGUGCAUUGGAACCGGCUGUCCGGAGCUAUGUUCUAUCCAAUUCUGAAGACGUUUUUCGAGACUCCUAUCAGCCACAGCAUGUGCGCGAAGAGCUGUCGCGUAUUGCAUUCGGUGAGACGUUAAUGGGGAGAAACGACGCGCUUUUUAAGCUGCUCGGUCGUUCUUCCCUACGUCGGGAUGAGAAUGCCCCUAUCUAUCCGACCAAGGAACAGCUCCAGCAAUUAGAGAAGCGUCGCGAUCUCACGGAAUUGCGCGCCGAGUACGAACGCGCUGUCGCCGCAAACAAGGGCAAGUCGACCAACGCGGAAGCGAAUCGUAUUUCAGGCCGAAUCCAGUGGAUCCGUGACUCCCUCAGCAAUCUACUAGUGCAACAGCGACGAGCCGAGUACUUUUCAACGGCGGACAGAAUGCGGGCUCUUGGACAGAAGGUACCGGAGUACGCUCGGGAGACCUGUCCCUUCAAGACGUACGAGAAGCCAAGUGGUGAAGCGUCCGAGAAGAUCGGGCAGUUCCUUGCGUUGCGCCUUGUCAAUGUCCCCGAAACGGGUCUCGAUGACCGGUGGGCCGCAGCCUUCUCUGACAUGCUGCUUGCGCUGCUGAGCAGGCUGCAUGCGCGAGUCAAUCUUCUUGGAGCCCAGGCGAUAGCUGAGCUGAAUAACGCCCAGCUACCCCCAACACCGGCCAAAUCAAUAUCUAGGGCGCCUGGGCCGCAUCAGUGCCUCUUGUGUCUCGAGACUUAUGCUAGGCGAGGCACACUCACGAAGCACAAUACCAGAGUACACUGUAAGGAGGAUGGCAUUCUCACGAGACCAUUUACAUGUCCGGAGUGCGAGCGCAAGGGGAUUCGGCAUCCAGCCACUAUUGACGGCCCUUUACAAUGGAGCAAUCACGUGGAGAAGUGCCACGGCAGAGAGAAUGCACCAAACCUGCCCAGUGGUCUCGUGAAAUGGAUGGCAGAAGUGCGCGUACCCGCUACCGACCUAGUCCUGGCGAAGCAUCAAGAACGUUGCCUGAUAUGCGAGGACGUGUUCGAAGCCGGGUCGGGAUUCUCUCGUCAUGUCACAAUGAUCCAUGAGAAGACCGGUUUCUUUGAUAAUCCCUUCGACUGCCCAGCCUGCAAGAGGGCUGGGACGACUGUGCUGGUCGAGGACAUCUUGGUCUGGAGAGUGCAUCUCCUGAAGGUUCACAGCGAUGGAGGCCGAUUCGGCCACCUUUUGGUCCCUAAACGCAAGCUGGAUGAGAUGCGCGACCGGGAUUUGGAUGAGCGUGCGAUUCGCAAGAAACAACGGAUUGAGCGUCCUGACGGUAAUCCGAUUUCAGUGCCCGCUCUCUAGCUUAUCACCAGACACAUUAUGAAAUCACAGGGGUUAUACUGGUCAUGACUGUCCUGUAGCCUCGCUCUAAGCCUGCUCCAGCUGGAUAUCCGAUCAUCCUGUCUUAUAUAGCA